AUGUCGUCUUUCAAAGCCCUCGACGCACAGGAUAUAUCAGAUAUUCGUAACACAGCCAAACAAUGUCUGGAAAGGGGUCUAAUAGUCGCUUCUAAGUGGCUAUCUGACCUCUUGCUUUCCACUACGCCAGAAAAGAGGAAGGAAAAAAUUAUACCCGCUGCUAUCAUUCCUUCAAUGUCCACUCCAGCAAGGUCUCAAUCACCCCAGAUAUCGCUGCAAACUCAAUCACUUGUACCGACUCAACCGCUCACUCAGACUUCCCUUGACGAUGUUGACUCCGUUGAACUUGAGUUUGAGAGACAAGAAGAGGACUGUCUUGUUGCCGCGCGGUCAUGCUUCGAGGGCCGACAAUUCCAACGCGUUACUCAUCAUUUAAACGAUUGCAAAAGUUCUAAAGCAAAUUUUCUGAAGUUAUAUUCUCGGUUUAUUGCGACAGAGAAAAGUGCAUUGGGGGACUGGCACAAGUUGGACAGUGAUCGGAAGCAACCUCCUACACCCAUAAAUUUGUACUUGGGAGAGCUCUACGACCUUGUUAAAGAUUCUAAUGACCCAUGGCUUCUCUUUCUGAAAGCAUUGUUUCUAUCUCGCUUGUCUAGGCGAGAGGAAGCUAUAGAAAGUGCCUUGCUCUCCAUCGCAGGAUGUAAAUGGAAUUGGUCAACAUGGACAUUACUAGGCACUUGUGUCGGGGACAGUCAAGAGCUAUCUUCUCUGUUACCUUUAAUCCCAUUGCCGCCCGAUCACCCUCUUGUUCAAAUGUUCCAAAUCAAAGUAUUGAAUGAGCUUCAUAGUCCUGCCGAUAAUGAAUUGCAGCUUUGUGAACGAUUAUUAUCCUUGGACUUCUUUCCAAAUAGUGUCUGGGUAAUGGGAUUGCGAGCAUGUGUACUCUAUCAUAUGCACGAUUUUGCUCAAUCUAUUGCCCAGUUCGAACAUAUACUUGCGAUCGACCCCCACCGCAUUGACAACAUCGACAUAUACUCAAAUAUGCUGUAUGUGACAGGAGAUAUUCUAAAGCUUUCAAAGCUGGCACACGAUUUUUUGGCCUUAGAUAAAGACCGACCAGAAGUUUGUUGUUUGAUCGGAAACCAUUACUCGUUACGUGGCGAGCGUGAAAAGGCUAUCAAGUACUUCAAGAGAGCUACGCAGCUCGAUCGCACUUACCUUUCCGCCUGGACCUUGAUGGGCCAUGAGUAUGUUGAACUGAAGAAAUCUCAUGCUGCUAUUGAAGCCUAUCGUCGCGCUAUAGAUGUCAAUCGAAAGGAUUACCGAGCUUGGUACGGCCUUGGACAAGCAUACGAACUUCUCGACUUACAACUUUAUUCCAUUCAUUAUUAUAAACGGGCGACAGCUUUGCGUCCCUACGAUGUGCGGUUAUGGCAGGCGCAAGGAAUGUGUUAUGAGGAAAUAGGAAGACUUCAAGAAGCAGCGGAUUGUUAUAAGCACGCCUUGAUACCUGCUGACCCUCAAGAAAUAACGAUUAACCUCAAACUGGCAAAAAUAUAUCGUGCUCUGGAAGAACACUCUGUAGCAGUGGCUUAUCACCGCCGUGUAGUUGAAGUCUGUCAAGCCAAUUUGCGCCGGAUUCAAGAUUUUUCGAGAUCUUGCAUAGAGGUUGCCGAAUACGAAAUGCACCUCCCAAACGGCGACUUGAGCCUUGCGAAAGAUUACCUUGAGAUGGUGGCAAUGAGUAAUUCUGAAGAUGUGAAGCUAGCAACUGAUUUACUCAAACAAGUAAAAAUCAUGAUUGAGAAGAAAUAUAACGCCCGGCUGUCAUAUAGUGAUGACCAGGGGACGCUGACAAUCAACCCAGCUAUGCUAUGA